AUGGUCAGGCAGCAGAGCCGUGGGAUUCGGCUCCCGCAGAGUAUCUUGGACGAGAUUAAUGGGACCUCAGCAGAGCAAUCCCGGGGCCGCGGAUACGGAUCCAAAUCCAAGCUUUCGCGCAAGGAGGCGCGCAAGCAGGAAAGGGAGGGCCGCAAGCAGAAGAAGGCGCAGUACUUCUCGAACGCGCAUAACGUGAACGCUGUGAAGCGACGCGCGGAGGACGAUCAUCUCGACUCUCCCAGACGCAAGAGGGUGAAGACGGAGUCUGGCGCUGCUCCCCCUGCCCCUGCCGCGAGAGUGAGGCAACAGGAUGCAGAUGCGACAUCAUCGAAGGAGAAGGCAUCCACGGAUACGAAGACCACCAUUACGGACAAAAAGCCUAAAGAGAAGAAGGCAAAGGACUUCAGGAAACCUAGCGCACUCGCCAAACUCGCCGGCGAGACGAGCAAGAAGUCCAGCAAGGCCACCCCUCGAUCACGCGUCGAGGCGGACGAAGACAACUAUAUUGCGUAUCUCGAGUCAAAGCUGGGCUUGAAGGGGGGCAAGAAGAAGAAGAGCAAUCCGGAAGAGGACGAUGGGCUGGACGACCUGCUCGACUUUGCGAGCAAGUUUGAUAGUUUUGAUGGUGCGGCGGAGGCUGAGGUGCGUUUUCAAUGCAUAUGA